AUGUCCAACGUCUUCACUUCAUCCCCAAAGUCGGUAUCUGGAACUGCAUCCCCCAUACCCCGGCUUCGAGGUGCCAGCGGAGGUGAUAGAGAAGUCUUACUUCAACCUCGUACCAAUGGCAUCAGACCUAGUGCUAGUUACGGCGGCGUUGCCGGUAUGAGUGUUGGAGGCACGACUGUGAAUGGGCCGGGAAGCUUCAGUGCAAGUCUAAGGAGUGCGACCACCACUGUACCGACACCAAGUGGUCUUUCAGGAAUAGUCGAUACUCCGAGCUCAACUAGUCCAUUAACUUCGGAGAGAUUGGUCGAGGAGCUUACCGAUCAACUUAACAGAGCUAUCAAAUACAAAGAAGGAGCUGAAAACCUGCUGCAAGUUCUGGAUUCAAAAAAGAUCAAAGAAGCAAAACAGGCUCGAAACCAGGCAGAGAAGGAGUACAAUGCCAGGAAUCAAGAGAUUACACAACUCAAAACCCAGAUUGAGGCGAUAACAAAGCCAAAAGAUAUUCCACGGAGGCCACGAGAAGGAAACAAGUUCCAGGGGACGCCUAUAAGGCCGGACGAGGCAAAUGGGAUUUCUGUGUUAGGUACAUCGGAGUGGGAUCCCGGGAGUGAAUCGCCAACAAUAACGCUCGCGGAGCUAUUGGGGGAUUUGGAGGAGAAGGACAAAAAGCCGGAGUAUUAUGUGGACAAGGCUAAUAGCUUGGUCAUGCUAUUCAAACGGCAUCAAAAUCUCAAAUAUGAAUUAUCGUGGUCCACUUUCGGGCUUAGGGUUCAGUUCAUGCUUCUUCACGAGGCCAAAGAAGUAGUUGCGGCUGGUUACCGUAUAACGAGAUACGCUAUUACUGAUCUUCACUCGCUCAGAAGCAUCCGGAGCUUGCGAACAGACUAUAUUACUAUUGGCUCAUUAAUCAAAGAUUCGAGGGCCAAUGUGGAACGUGAACAGGCGUUAAAGUUUGUACGUGCAUUCAUAGAAGUCCCUGGGGGGGUCAAAGAAAUCUCUAGAGGGAUUGUUCGAGGCAUUGUUGCAUGUGCAGAACAAACUGAUGAUAGACUACGAGCAAUUUCUAUGGAAACCUUGGCCGAAAUUUUGAUCUUGGACCCAUCACUUGUUGUCGCUGCUGGGGGUGUUAGAAUACUUACCCAAGUUCUUUCGGAUGGACCUUACGAACUUUCAGAUACGAUAUCAUUGGCGUUUUUGUAUUUAUUGGACAUGCCUUCUUCGAGAAAAUAUAUACGACCAGGGAACGAUAUAGAGGUUGUUUUUUCGGUGUUUACGGAUUGUCAUUCAGUAAAAGUUCCAGUUCCAGAAGAGAAAUUGAAGUCUAGCGCAAAAGUAAUCAGUUGCAUGCUCAAGUCAUGGCCAGGCCUCCUGGCAUUAACAAUGUACAAUCUACGCGCUCCAAGGUCUCUGGUUGAUGCUCUAUUCAUACCGUCUCCUAGCGUUAGAGAUACAAUACUCGAGUUGUUUUUUGAUAUCUUUAAGAUUAAACCUCCUUCGUGGUCCUCUAGUUUCCUCGCUGGUCGUCGGCUUACUACCUAUGGGAGGGUGGCCAAUCUCAAAUCGGAAGCGUCUACAAAGCCCGCAAGAUCAGAAGGAGAUAGUGAUCAUGGAAAUCUGGUUGAUCACUUCACAGCUCUGCUACUUGCAGUCUUCUUUGAAGCAGGUCUACUAAAAGCUUUGAUGGCCUUAGUAGAGGAUAACAGCGAUCCAGCAAUAGUUCGAAAAACCACUCUUCUCCUUGGGGAAGUUUUAAAGUUAGCCAGUCGCCUACUUCCAAGCACUUACAGUGCACAUCAACAGCUUCUUCCCGAUCUCUUUCAGUCUGCAGCAAAAUUCGGCAUCGAUGGUCGGUUUGCUGCUUCUUCCGCUGUCUACCAAAUCGAUAGUCUUAACAGGACAUUGCAUCGCUCUUUGGCAACCCAGACCGCCCAACGCACCUCCCUCGAUGAAGAGAAAAGAGGCCAGAGACAGGUAGAACUAAAAUUGAAGAUAAAUAUGACAAUCGAUGAAAAGCACUUUUCACAACUAAUCGUCGAAAGCGGGGUUUUGAACACGAAAAGCUACAUUAAGUGGAAUUGGGAUUCCCUAAAUGAGAUGAUUCAAGGCCCAUUACUCAAUCCAAAGAGACUUGAAGAGGCGAUUAAGGGAACUAAAUUCAUGAAGAGGUUGAUGUCUUUCUACCGGCCAUUCAAAUACAAGUUCUCAGAUGUCAAAAACACAAAACCCAACCAGCGGUAUGUUAGGAUAGGGUGUGCUCUAUUCCAAACUCUUUUAAAGACUGCCGAAGGCGUCAAAUAUUUGAGUGAAAAUAAGAUAUUAAGGCAGAUCGCUGAAUGCUUGGCACAAUUGGAUCGAAUGAGCGGAAUCACCUCCCCUGAACCGCUUUUUUCCACCUCGAGAUUGGCAGACACCCUAAGCAGCGGUUAUUUCGCUAUGCUGGGAACAUUAAGUAGUGACCCGAAAGGUCUUCAAAUGAUGGAACGCUGGCGCAUGUUCAAUAUGUUCUACCAUAUCAGCGAUUUACCUGAUAGACCAGACCUGAUGGAACUCUUUGUUUUAAAUAUGGAUUUUACUCUGGAGGGUCAUCCCCGAAUCAUUCUUGGGAAGGUUUUAACUGCGGGUCCAAAGACUGCGCGGCUAUUUGCCACUAACCAUCUCCGAAGUCUUAUUUCAACCACAUCUGCCGGGAAAACACCUUCACAAACCCAGCAAAGCAACGAGACAGCAGAAUGGGCAAUAGGACUUCUUAUGACUCAACUUUAUGACCCUGAUGUCGAGGUUUGUGAAACUGCGGUAAAAAUUCUUGAAGAGGCUUGCAAUGCGACACAUAACCUAGAAUAUGUGGUUAAACGCCGGCCACAGCUCGAUCACCUGGGUGAAAUCGGUGCACCGCUACUAUUGAGAUUUUUAUCGACAUCCGUGGGCUACCAUUACCUAAAUGAGCUUGAUUACAUCAACAGGGAAAUGGACGAUUGGUUUCAUGGGCGUAAUGAUUCGUACGUUCUGACUGUUGAGGCGUCACUUGCGAGAGCUUUUGCCGAUGAAGAGCCUGUAAAGAAGCGCCCAGGUGAUAUCAAUGCGAUAGACCGAGACAUGAUGGGCAUAGUACCCCCGCAUUUCUACCGAGAGCUAGCCAGAACAAGCGAAGGGUGUAUCCUGCUGAGAGAAAAGGGCCACUUUGAUCAAUUUGCGUGGUUUAUUCAAAAGCAUGGCUUGGAGGAUGAUGAUUUGGAGAUCGUCACUAAGGUCAAAGGUUGCCUAUGGGCCGUGGGAAACAUUGGAUCAAUGCCCUUCGGAGCCCCGUUUUUGGAUGAAGCAAACAUCGUCGAAGCGAUCGUCAACAUAGCAGAGCAAUCUCAGGCUUAG